GUUCGAAGUAGACACGUCUAAAAAACCUAAUUUUUUAUACUGAACGAACUUUUAUUCCGGAGAUCUAGGACAAUUGGGAAACACAAACGGUCAGCUAGCUAAAUUUACCAUGAAUCGUUGUGGUGUAGAAGAAUCCAAAACACUUUCACGACGAUGUGCCCCCUCUAAAAUCCCCGUUUCAAUUAAAAAUCGAAGUUUUAGAAGGUGUAAAGCAUCUGCUGGAAACCUUGGACGCAGCAGCGCUCCGGUAGAAAGUCUCGGAUCGAAAAUCUUUGAGAAAUCGGAACCGAAGGGAAUUUGUCCUUCCCCACCACAAAGGGAAUGCAUACUUGACGAUUCCAAAGGGAGUAACCCAUCGAAAUUGAAUUGCUUUCCACCGGUUGUGUCCCAUCAAACUAGUAAGAGUGAAAGUAAUGUCGCAUUGAGAGAGGAGCUAAUUAAUCCUACAAGCAAGGAGAAUGUUGAAGAAACAGAACACCCCAAGUCAAACUUCGCAACACCCAAAAAUAAACAUAAAGACGUUGACUCCAGAUCCUCCUGUUCCCAAUCUCAGCCAAUUAAGGAUGAAGGAUUUGAGAAUCCAGGAUCCAAUACCAGUUCCACAACAAGGGGGCCACAACCAGAUAGUGCGCGGUCAAAAGGAAGUGAAAAAUCCGGGAAAAGCAUUCUUGAAUGUGAAAUACAUCAAAUCUUCAGGUCCAAGGGGCUUCGCUCGAGUACGGAAACCUCUCAAUCGGGUAUUUCCAGGCCCUCCACAGAGCACACUUCUCCAUCUGCAACUUGCGGUUCGUCUAAACUAGAAACUUCGUCUGGCAAUCUACGAUCGCAAUCCAGAAAGAGCAGCUCAUAUAAAGAGGAAUCUUCUCGAUCGAAGGCUGAACAGUCUUCUGAAACCGAAAAAUGGUUCUCUUACAUCAAAAAACUGGAAAAUUCAGUAACCGAAGCAUCUCACCUAGUCAAUGCGUCAAUGGGAAGAGUACCCAAAAAUACCCCAGAUCAAUUGAGCAGCAAAGAAAAAGUGUCAAAGAACCAGCGCGGAGCCAGAAAGGAGUCCUUGUUCCUAGGGCAACUCGACUCAGGAAGCGAGGACCAUGUGCCUCCGAAUGAGUGCCUUGAGGAGUCUGACGACUCACGAUUUUAUCGCCAGAUGAUCGGGGUAUUCUCGGCUGGCGAGACCCUUCUGAGAACCUUUAUAAAACAAAAGGCCAUUGAGAUGAGCCAGAGACGCCAUGAAAUGUUUCCUCUGGUGGCCAGAAAAGAAAAGAAUGCCUGGCGACAGCCCAAUGAAAGAGAGGGACAAUAGUCUCCCUGUGAUCCUUUCUCAGGCUGUCGGAAUUAAUAAAGUUUGUCGCGGAAAAAUACACUGGACACCAAAAAAAAAAAAUUCAAGUAUGCAAGAUUAAAAGUGGGAACGACAAGUACAAUAGCCACAUCUCCGAUUUAUUCGAAUAAAACUUCGUAACUUCGUAAUUUUGUAUGGUAUUAAAUAAAUGGAAUAUACAUUUCUCACCAUAACUAUA